AUGAAUGAUGUUAAUGUUCCUCAAGGGUCUUCAUCUAGUAACCCUUAUGUGACACCUCAUAAGAAUUCUCUUGAGGAUACUUUACGUACUUUUAUGCAGGGACAGAUACAGAUAAAUAAAAAUGUUAUGAAGACUUUAGAUGAGCUGAAAACUAGCAUAGUUAGAAUUGAAUCACGUCUCAAUGUUAGGGAGAAAGGGACAUUGCCUUCCCGAACUCAACCUAACUCGAAAGGACAAUUUGAGGUUAAAAAUUCUAACUUGGAGCAAGCUAAUGUUGUCACCACUCUUAGAAGUGGUAAGGUGAUUGAGACUCCGAUGAAGUUGGCUGAUAAUAAGGAUAUCCUUGAUGUUUUUCAGCAGGUGAAGAUCAACAUACCUCUCUUGAGUGUGAUUAAGCAAGUUCUAGCUUACGCCAAGUUCUUGAAGGAUCUCUGCACGGUCAAGAGGAAGCACAAUGUGCAGAAAAAGGCAUUUCUCGCGGAACAGGUAAGUUCUAUUCUUCAACAUAACACUCCUCCUAAAUAUAAAGAUCCGGGAUGCCCUAAUAUUUCUUGUAUAAUAGGGGAUUUCAUGACCAAACAAGCACUUCUGGAUUUGGGAGCUCGUGUAAACCUCCUACCUUUCUCGGUUUAUGAGCAGUUGGGCUUAGGUGAAUUAAAACCCACCUCAGUCACUCUAAAACUUGCAGACAGAUCAGUUAAAGUACCGAGAGGGGUAGUUGAGAAUGUAUUAAUUCAAAUCGAUAAAUUUUACUAUCCGAUGGAUUUUAUCGUUUUGGAUACUCAACCUGUAGCUAAUGCUAGUAAAGAAAUACCUGUCAUCUUAGGUCGUCCUUUUCUUGCAACUGCAAAUGCCUUGAUUAAUUGUCGAACUGGAAUAAUGAAUCUUUCAUUUGGAAAUAUGACUGUUGAGUUGAAUAUAUUUGAUGCAUGUAAAGAUCCAGGUGGUAGAGAUGAUAUUCAUGAAGUUAAUAUGAUUGAAACAUGUGUGCAUGAAAAAGCAUCUGAUCUAGAAGCAAAGGUUCCUUUAGAAUCUUGUUUUCCUAAUCUGUGGGAUUUCGAUGAGGAUGGAUACAUUGGAGAAGUUAAUUCUUCACUGAAUUCAUCCCUGUUGCUGGAAACGGAUAAGUGGCAGUCUAGAUUUGAGUCACUCCAAAUCAGUGAGACUGAGCCAUUGUCUCCAUCCGUAGAAUUCCCAAAGCCUAAUCUUAAUCCUCUUCCUAGUGAACUGAAUUAUGAAGUUUUAGUCUAG